CCUCCAGAUUCCUCAGCCAAGCACCACGAUUCAGCAUCGACUUCUGAUAGAAGGAAAUUCUCGCCGCACCUGAUCCCCCACCCUUCACACGCCACUGCCCAACCUCCCACCCACCUCGACCUCUCGCUUACCCGCACGUCCACCUGCAAUCAAGAGUAGGGCCUCGAAUCCUGCCUCGCUGCAAGGUCUCCAGAAGAAUAUUGCGUCUGCAUCACACUAGCAUCGAGCUGAAACAUCAAGCCCGAGCCUAGCUCCCCAUUGCAUAUCGCUUAGGUCUGCUUCACUGCCGCUCCUGCCUGCAAGGGCAGUCUGAGCAGCCUCUUAGCAUUCUUGCAAGGUCGGCUGGGCCUCCAACAGCUAGUUUUUGUGGAGACAUUGCCCUCAAGGAACCGUGACUAUAGACACAGGACAAAACCUCUACAGAUACAAAGAUGAGCUCUCCAAAGAGGAGGAUAGAGACGGAUAUGAUGAAGCUGCUGAUGUCGGACCAUGAAGUGACACUGGUCAAUGACUCGAUGCAGGAGUUCUUUGUGCAAUUCAAGGGGCCCGCUGAGACACCCUUUGCCGGCGGCGAGUGGCGGAUUCAUGUGGAGCUGCAAGACCAAUAUCCCUACAAGUCGCCCUCGAUUGGCUUCAUGAACAAGAUCUUCCACCCCAACAUCGACGAAAUGUCGGGUUCGGUGUGCCUGGACGUGAUCAAUCAGACAUGGUCGCCCAUGUUUGACCUGGUCAAUGUCUUUGAAGUCUUUCUGCCUCAGCUGCUACGGUAUCCGAAUCCCACGGACCCUCUGAAUGGGGAUGCGGCAAGUCUGCUGAUGAGAGAUCCCAAGAGCUAUGAAGUCAAGGUGCAAGACUAUGUGCGGAGAUAUGCUAGUGGGAGUGGAGGCGCUGCGGGGGCAAAGAAGGCUGGUGAGGAGGAUGAGGAUGAAGAGGACGACAGCGAAGAAGAAGAGGAGAUGAGCGAUGCGGGCAGUUUUGGAGACGAGGACGAGGCAGCAGACAUGGAGUUGUAGAAGCAAAGGUAGGGGGACCGACUCGGGUCAGUGGAGA